AUGAUCUCAAAAGAGCAAUUGGACAAGGUUUUUGGAAAGGAAUGGUGUCGAAAAUACUGCAAAAAACGGCCAAAUUUGUAUAACUUCCUGGAAAAUCGUGAGAUCGAAAAAAGGAAACCUUGUGAGUUUUGAUUUGUAAGAAGUUUGACGUCGUUUAGGAGCUUUUUCGAGACGGUCAAAGAUGAUUUUGAAUAAAAUUUGGAAGAAAUUUAAUUGAUGGAUAAGAUAAAGGUAUUUGAAAUGGCAGAAAACAAAGAUUUUAUGGUAAAAAAGUUUUCUGAGGUCUUUAAAAGAGUUGUUUUAGUGUCUUCAAACGAUUUUUCGUAUUUAACCGACCCUGAAACAGAAUGCCAAAAGUGGCGGGAAUUCAAUUUUUUGAAAAAAAUUCCCCAAAAUUAGAGAAAUUUAUCAAAUUUUCUUACUGUAUUUUACCAACCUUGCCGAAAAAUGCGGUCAAAAUUUAGUCUUUGAAAUAUUUCCACCCAUAUGGCAAGUGUAAUAUAAAAUCUAUUCGAAAUCAAUUACAAAUCAUUGUCAUCAGCACUUUUUAGGCACCCAAUUUGUCAAUGGAGGUCGUGAAUUCUAUAAUUAUAUCAGAAAUUUGGACUUGUCGAACAUUGACGGCCGAAUUAAUGUCACCCCAAUCAGGUUCAGUCCGGAUGGAAAUAAAUUGAUUUGUAUCAACACAGCAAGGCAGGAAGUCUUGAUUUAUCGAUAUAAUGGAACUGGGAGGAUACGAAAUCAAAGGAUUUCCGCGUUUGAGGUAAUUUUUGAGCGAGUUAGGAUGAGAUAUUUGGAGAAUAAGUCAUCAUGAAUCGAGAAAUAGGAAAAAUAGCUAAUUUUUUAGUACUGAAAUUUGGAAAAAGUUGUUUUGUGAGGUGUAGAAAAUAUAGUUGGCCACUACGGUCAGAUUUUACAAGAUUAAAUAUGUCAUAAUGACGGAUUUUCUGGAGAUUUUCGGAUUUUGAAUUUUCAUUGGGUGAUGUCACCUGGGGCUUGUCCCACUAACAAAGCGUAGCGCGAAUCACGAAUUGGAAGCGCGAAAAAUCAUGCAAAAGCGAGAGAGGUGAGAGAAAAAGCGGGCUCUCUCGGAAAUCCGCGCUACGGUUUUUUUGUGGAAAAUACCGAAAAUUUUUUUCUUUUUUUGCCGUAACUCCUUUCAAUGAUGUCCGAUUUACAUGAUUUUAAAAACCGUAAACAUAGGAGACCCACAGCUUCUAGAAAAUGUAAAUUUUGUUUGCUUUAACGCGGAUUAAGGCUCCCCGCCAAGACGAAUUACAAUUUCCUUAUGGAGAAUCAUGAUUCGAAGUCAUAUUUUCAAAAAAACUUAUCAUUAGCUAUUUAUCGUAACUUCCACAGCUCAUAUGCGAAUUUAUCAACCCGAGUUGCCCCUUCCAAGCCCAAUGUUUGGUCUCCUCUUGUCAUAAUUUGCUCGGUGACAAAAAGGUUUGUUAGGGAAAAAAAAAUUAUAGAUAAAUUCUCCACUCAUUCCUCAGAGACGUUGAAACAAACUAUUCAAGCCAAACUACCCCUCUUACACCCAAUUUUAGUCACCCCUUGUCAUAAUUCGUUUUAUAACAAAAAAGUUGCUUUCAUAUGGCAAGGGGAGACCAAAAAUUGGGCUUGGGAGUGGCAGCUCGGGUUGAUAAAUUUGCAUAUAAGCUUUGGGAGUUACGAUAAAUAGCUAAGGAUAAGUUUUUUUUGAAAAUAUGACUUCGAAUCAUGAUUUUCCAUGAGGAAAUUGUAAUUCGUCUUGGCGGGGAGCCUUAAUCCGCGUUAAAGCAAACAAAAUUUACAUUUUCUAGAAGCUGUGGGUCUCCUAUGUUCACGGUUUUUAAAAUCAUGUAAAUCGGACAUCAUUGAAAGGAGUUACGGCAAAAAAGUAAAAAAUUUUCGGUAUUUUGCACAAAAAAACCGUAGCGCGGAUUUCCGAGAGAGCCCGCUUUUUCUCUCACCUCUCUCGCUUUUGCAUGAUUUUUCGCGCUUCCAAUUCGUGAUUCGCGCUACGCUUUGUUAGUGGGACAGGCCCCUGGUUAUAAAAAAAACAAGAUACAUGUUUUAUACUAUCUAAUGACGUAUUUUUUUAUAAUUUUAUAUGUCAUCAUGACAUACUUUCCGGAAUUUUUACACAUUUUGAGAUUUAAAAAUUUCAUCGUAUAACUUGUCACUCCUUGACUAAGAUACCCCAAAUAUUUGUUUCAGGACCUCUUUACUCAUCAGUUCACCCUCCAACUCCAUCAAAUCGAACGUGGCGCAUCCAUGGUCCGAGAUAUUACCCUACUUCCAGAAAAUGGGUCCCAUUUGAUACUUUCAUAUUUUGUCCCUUUGCCAGAAAAUGCUGCGAUCUUACACAGAAUGAUACGAAAUAAUGAGAGUGAAUUCCCGAGAAGCACUAUCGAACAUACAGUCUAUCUUAUUGUUGAUAUGAAAGUAAGGAUUUUUGAGAUUUUUUGAUUUUUUUUUGAAAUUGAUUUUAUGAAAAAAGUUUAUGUUUUGACUUGUAUGUAUUGUAGAGUAUAGAAACGUUUAGUUUAUUCAAUUUUCAGACCGGUCAAAUCACGGCGACGCUCAGGUUUGACUUCGAAAAUCACACAGGACACUGUGUGUACUCUGUUGAUAGAAUGAUUGGAAUUUUGUCUUCCCAGCACCAAACAAUUUACAUUCAUCGCCUGGAAAAUGACGGAAAAUUGAUCUUGCUUCGGGAAAUUGGUCGGACAUUGUAUGAGGACGACCAUUUGAUGAUCAAAUCUUCGGUGAAUCCGAUCUCCGAAAAGGUGUUCAUGGGUAAGGUAAAAUUGAAAAUUUUAGUGCGAUACAUACCUAAAAAUCUUUUUAAUACAGAAAUCUAAGGCUUUCAUGACCUAUGAGACAUUUUUCGACCUUUUUUACCUUAUUUUUUGAAUCCCCGCCAUUUUUGGCAUUCUGUUGCAAGAGCCGAAAACUUGCAAAACCCCUUCAAAUUGAGAUAUUUGUAGUAAAAUGGACUGGGUAAUGAAUGAUUCAUCUAAAAUUUUGAGUCUUUUAGGCCUUUGCGAUAUUAUCCAUGACAUUUUUGAUAUCAAAACUUUCGAUUGUAGGUUUCCGCCAGAAGCUUUUGGCCUUCCUCUACAAAGAACACCAACGAUUCGGCCGUUCGUUGGAAUUUCUCCGAUAUUUCAACUACUAUCGUAACCUUCGGAUGUCAAAGUUUCAAUUUUUGGGAGCGGAUCGUCUCCUGAUCCGAGUCGAUGCCAACAUAACUGGCUCGAUCGGCGGCGAUCAGGAACUCUAUGCCCGCCGAGCAAGUCGAGCCGAGCCUCCAAAUCUCCAUUAUAUGUUCGUUAUCUACGAAUGGAAGGAGCCGAAAAUCCUGGGUUGUUUUAAUCGCUCGUCGACGACCCUGUUUAACACAAUGUUGGAGAAUUACGAGACGUUUAAGAAUGGAAGUGUAACGAAAACAUAUUUUCCAACAACUAUGGAGCAUUGUAAAUUCUUGAAGGACAAACAGAACCACGCUUUUCAACAGUACAUGACUGCAAAAGGUGAGUUGAGCCGAUUAAUGUCUAAAAUAAUGUCCAGGACAUCGAUGUGAGGUGGUAAAACGACUGCUAAGUGUGUUGCCCUUCUCAAUACAGUCCAGUUAUGUGUCGUCGAUAUUUUUGGACCCGUUUGAGUUCAGUUAUGACGACCGGAUCAACGCGAUUUUGGAGAAAGCCAGGGCGCAGCCCGAAAUGACGUUACGGUAAGAAUUUUUUAUACCAGAAUGCUGUAAAAUACGUUGGAUCGUUUCUUAGAAGUUUUGUUUUUUAUGUUUUGCAAAAAAAUUCUAACGAUUGACUGCAUACGGGCUACAGUAAGCCGAUCUUUACAGAAUUGUGAACAGAAAGACGGGCGACCGCGUGGUCGACAUUGAGCUCACAAAUCUCCCAAUUGAAAUGGUCAACGAGCAAAAACCGGUCCUCAGAAUCCUAUUCCACCCGUAUGAACCGCUGAUCAUGCUCACGGACAGGUAUUGCACCGACUCCAGACUUUUUAUCUUCACUUUGCCUUUUGAUCAAGAAUAA